AUGCCUCGCAAAGUCGCUAAAAGACGCCGUUCCACCAUUGCUCCAGGAUCUCCGAGUAGCGGCGAAAACACUCGAAAAGGUAGGUUUUUAAAAUUUCGAAAAAUUUUGAUGAAAAACAGCCUAGAAUAGGGUAAAAUUUGUUGUUUUGUUUAUUUCAUAAAGUUUAAUAGGUAGUUUUCAAGGUUACGCGAAGUUAUGGUGUUUUUUUGACGAAAAUUACGGUUUUUAGGUAAUAUUACGGAACUUUAGGUAGAUGUCAAAAGAGACUUUGUAAAAGUUUAGGUCUCUUUUGGGUUUUAAGGAAGCAUUAGCAUCUUUCUCUUAAUGUUUUUGCUUAAAAGCUAUGAUUUUUUUGUUUUAAUUUGAGAUUUUAUAGCGUAUUUUGUUUAAUAUUUUCAUUUCAGUUGUAAGAAGGCAAAAGUUUCACCUGAAUCAGGACGAUUUCAUACAAAAGGAGUUGGCCGAUCGCUGUUUGACCUGUGGCGAAGGUGAACAACUCGGACAUCCAGGAAGGAAUCAAACACGAAAACCUAGAGCUGUAGAUACAUUUGACGAUGCUGAUAGGUUUGUGGAUGCAUGUGCUGGUGGAGUGCAUUCCUUGCUAUUGGCAUCAGAUGGCCGUGUAUUCAGUUGUGGAGUCAACGAGAAAGGAACCGUACCUGUUACAGGACUAGAAGCUGAAGGAAUAACCGAUGAAUUCACGGAGAUCACAUUUACUGAAGAUAUCAAGGCUCACGGAAAGGUAUGUUGGUUUGUUAUGUCGUUGAUGAUGUUUAGGUAUUGAUGAAGGUGUUUGAAAGAUUUUGGAGGUGUUAAAUAAGGGUUUUAGAUAAAUAAUAGAAGCAUAAGAUGGACAAAUGAUAUUUUACGUUAUGAUCUUGUUAAUAUUUUCAAAAUUGUGGGGAAAAUCGACCUUUGUGUUGUUUAGGAAGCUAUGGAAUAAUAUAACUUUUCUGAUUAUUUUUUAUAUUUUAAUGUUCUUAUUAGUUUUUCAACAGUUAAAUGGAGUUAGAAAUAUGUUUUAGCUAUCUAAUCAUACUAUUUUUGGGUUUUUAAAUUGUACUUUUCACUCGAUUUACCGUUAUGUUGUUUUAGAUGGUGCAAAUAACAGCAGGCGCCAGUUUCUGUGCAGCUUUAACCGACAAAGGCAGUGUUGUGGCAUGGGGAAAUCUAAGAGAUAGUCAAGGAGAUGUCACAGUGCACACACAGCUCAGUCAAAUGCAGAAGGGACCCGUGGUUAUUGUUCAACAUUCAAAAAUUGUUAUUGUUAAGAUUGCGGCUGGAGAGAAUCACUUGGCCAUGUUGUCGAGUGAAGGAGAACUACUGACUUUUGGAGAGGGAUCAAUGGGACAGUUGGGACGAUUGGCUAGAUCAAAUCACAUCAGGUCAAGUAGGUUUUGUUCUUUUAUUUUGAGGUUUAGAAGGAUGUUUGUUAAGAUUAAGGUAGUUUUACUUUUGUUACUUUUAAACUAACUUCUUUUGGUCUUUUUGCGUUGAAAGUCACUGUUUUAGGUAUUCAUAACCUUAUUUUAUGUACUGAUUUUAGAUAUUUUUUAACUUAAAAUUUAUAUUGUUGUAGAUUACAUGGCCGAUGACUCGGGCAAACACUUAAAACUAAACGUGUUGGAGAACGGAAAACUUGUGAAAUUUUCGAACGUGUUUGCGGGCGGCUUUUGGACGAUUGCGAGCGCUGAGGAUGGGCGACUAUUCGCUUGUGGUCUGAAUAACUACGCACAGUUGGGACUGCCAUUACCUACAACAGAAGAGACCACUCAUCCGUCGGAUACAGAGCAGAUGGAAACAGACGAGAAAGACUAUCGUAUUACUCGACUUACACAUGUUAAAGCAUUCAACUCGGACCACAAGUGGACACACAUCGGUGGAGUUCAGCAUCUGGUUCUGCGGAAUGAUCAAGGUAAAGGAUUGAGGUUGUAAAGCUUUUUGAAAAAAAAUAUGGCUUGUUUUAAUUUAUUUACCUGUGGACCGAUUUUUCAAAAUUUUUUUUUUCGUUUUUCCGCGUAUAGGUACCUACCUGUGGAUUUUUUUCGGAUCGGCUGGGGGGGGAGUCACCCCGAACCACCCCCCAAACGACGUCCCUGGUUGUAGAUAAUAUACUAAUUUUUGUCUUAUUUUAGGCGGAGUAUAUGCUAUCGGCAAGAACACAGACAAUAUAUUGGGCCUGGGCACAUGGAAAGGCCGCGACGAUACAGAAAACUGGCGUUACGAUAGAUUAGAGAAGGUUAACUUCCCAGAUGGCGUAAAGAUUGCUGGAGUCAACGCAUCGUUGGCUUGCACGAUCGCAUGGACAGUCGACGGUAAUAUAAUUCGAUUCAAUUUUUAUAUUCUGUAUAUUCUUUGUUUUUGUAACUGUCAAUGUAAAAUAGUGAAUUACGAUUUUGUUACUAUUAGAAUUGUUUUUUACGUCUUAUAUUACUACUUUUUAUAUCUAAAAUCAUCUGUUUAUACCUAAAAUAAUAUGUUUCAGGCGAAGCUUACGCCUUUGGCUUCGACAGCGCCGGACAACUUGGCCUCGGCAUCAAGGACGAUGACGAAAAAAUUGUGCCAACGCCGAAGAAAGUACAGUCCGCCCAUCUGGACGAUUACAAAGUCUUGGCCGUUUCAGUGGCCGAUCAGCACGCCGUCUACUUGGCUCAACAUAAAUGA